AAAUAAUCAUUCAAGUGGCGGGAAAGCUCCAGUUAUCAAAAACUUUCUAGUGAAAAAGAAAAUAUAUCGUUAAUUUUAAAAAUAAAACUGUUUCUCCAAUAUAAUGGUUAAAUUAAGAGGCUCUCGAAAAAUUGCUGAUGAAAAUGUUAAACAAAAGAAAAUUUCAUUUCCUCAAAAAAAAUCAAGAGAAGUUCAUACCAAAAGUGCUACUGAUUUAGAUAAAAAACAAACAAUAGUUUCAAGGAAAAGAAAGAUUUCAUCAAAUAAUGAAAAUGUUGAUAUUUUUGAGAAAUCACCUGUUAAGCAUUGUAACAAGUCACCAGAAUCAAAAAUUUCUGGAGUAAUUAAAAAGUCGGCAAUACCACCUAUUUUAAAGUCUCCUCUUUUGGAUAAAACUAAUAAACAAGUUGAUUUAUUAUUGUUAACUACAACAAAACGAAAAUUAUCUCUUGUUACCAAAAACAACAGUACCGAGUUAUCACAAAUUGGAAAUCCAUAUAGCUCAACUCGACUUCUUCUUCACACAUCAACACCUGAUCGAUUAUUAUGUCGUGAAAAAGAAUUAUCAUUUAUUGAAAAAUUUAUAAAAUGUACAUUGCUCGGAACAAAUCCUGGAAGUUUGUAUAUGUCUGGAGCUCCAGGUACUGGCAAAACUGCUUCAUUGACUAAAAUAUUGGAAAAGUUACAAGUAACAGAGAAUUUAUGUCAGAUUAUUUUUUUAAAUUGCAUGUCAAUUAAAGUAUCACAAAGUAUAUUUGUACGUCUUGCUAAUGAAUUAUCUACAACUUGUAAAUAUAACUCAAAAAAUGCAUUUAAAUAUCUUGAAAAUUUUUUUGUUGGAACAGGUUCAAAAAUAUUACUUGUUCUUGAUGAAAUAGAUCAGUUAGAGAGUAAUAACCAAGAUGUGUUAUACAAACUAUUUGAACUACCUUUUUUACCCAAUUCUAGAUUGACAUUAAUAGGUAUUGCGAAUGCAUUAGAUCUGACAGAAAGAAUUUUACCAAGAUUACAAACAAAAGGAUCAUGUUUACCCGCGUUACUUCAAUUUACACCAUAUUCUAUGCCACAAAUUGUCUCUAUUAUUCAAGAAAGGUUGGGUAAAGUCGGUGGUGAUAUUAUUGAUCCUAUGGCCAUCCAAUUUUGUGCACGAAAAGUUUCUUCUAUGAGUGGCGAUAUUAGAAAAGCAUUUGAUAUAUUAAAGCGAGCUAUUGAAAUCGUAGAGCUUGAAAUUCGUAAAUCGCCGGCUUUGGAAAAUAAAAAAGUAAACAUAUCUCAUGUCUCUGCUGUUUGCAAUCAAAUGUUUAACUCACAAUUAGCUGUAAACAACACGUAUGAUGGUGGGCUACCUUUGCAACAAAAGUUAAUUAUAUGCACUCUAAUGGCAUCAUUAAAAGAUAAUGCAAUAAAGGAAAUUUUGAUUUCAAAACUGUACGAAUGCUAUUGCAAAGUUUGUAAAUCAAGGCAAAUUAACUGCUUAAGUGAAGAAGAAUACAAUAACGCUUGUUCUUUGUUAGACUCCCAAGGGAUACUAUCACUAACAGCAUCAAAAACAAAAGACUUUCGUUCUCUUAAGGUUUCUCUUCGUCUUCAAGAAAAUGAACUAGAGCACGCUUUACAGGAUAAAACACUGAUGUCUUCGAUAUUAGCUUGUGGAAUACCAAAAUAGUUAUUUUAGUCUUUUUUUUAAUAUAUUUGUUUUAAAUAUUUUUAGCCUUAAAAAAGCGGUAUAAUCUAACAUGAAUGUAUAUAAAUUAAUGUAUAUUUUUCCUCGAAUUUUAUUAUUUUUUAAAUAAUGUUAUUGAUAUAUGUAUUAUUUA